AUGGCUGACCGCGUGCACCGAAUCACCAUGUUCAAGCUUCCCAGCAAGGACGACCAAGCCAAGCUGCUAGACCAGUACAACAAGCUCAGCGCUUCUCAACAAAAGGAUGGCAAGCCUUACAUCCUAUCUAUGGUUGUCGGUGCUGCUGAUGAGGAUGCCCGGUCUCAGGGAUACACUUUCGUCUCCAAGACUGAGUUCGCCAACCUCGACGACAUGAAGUACUACGACGAGGGCUGCCAGGCUCAUCAGGGACUCAAGGACUUUGUUAAAAGCUCGCUUAGCCCUGAGGGGGUUAUGACUGUUUACUUUAAGCCACAGGCUAUGGGUGGUGUUGAUCAUUCUUAG